CAGCUCGGGGCGCAGUCUGCGGGCCUCCCGGGCGGCGGCGGCGGCGGGGCGGGAGCGGCGCAUCGGAGGGGACAAGACCGGGACAGGAGGGGACAGGCCGGCCGGCUGGCAGCGCCCCGCACACCCGCAACGAUGCUGUCCUGGCAGCUGCACACGGGCCCCGAGAAGGCCGAGCUGCAGGAGCUCAACGCCCGGCUCUACGACUACGUGUGCCGGGUGCGCGAGCUGGAGCGCGAGAACCUGCUCCUGGAAGAGGAGCUGCGCAGCCGGCACGGGCUGCAGGGCCCGGACGCCGAGGGCCAGGCCCGCUGGGCGGAGGAGGCGCGCGGCUUGCGGCAGCAGCUGGACGAGCUGAGCUGGGCCACGGCGCUGGCCGAGGGCGAGCGCGAUGCCCUGCGGCGCGAGCUGCGGGAGGUGCAGCUGCUGGCGGAGGAGACGCGCGCCGCCCGCCGCAGCCUGGACGCCGAGCUGGGGGCGCAGCGGCGGGAGCUGCAGGAGGCCCUGGGCGCGCGCGCGGCCCUCGAGGCGCUGCUGGGCCGGCUGCAGGCCGAGCGCCGCGGCCUGGACGCGGCCCACGAGCGGGACCUGCGGGAACUGCGCGCGCUGGCGGCCGGCCUGACCCUGAGCUACAGCGCCCGCGCCCUCCGGCCCGCCGCGCCCCCGCCGCCGCGCCUGCGGGAGGUGCACGACAGCUACUCGCUGCUGGUGGCCGAGUCGUGGCGGGAGACGGUGCAGGUGUACGAGGACCAAGUGCGCGAGCUGGAGGCGGCCCUGAGGCGCGGCCAGGAGAGCCGGCACCAGGCCGAGGAGGAGAGCCGGCUGUGCGCGCAGGAGGCCGAAGCCUUGCAGCGCCAGGCGCUGGAGCUGGAGCAGCUGCGCGCGCUGUUGGAAGAGGAGCUGCUGCGGAUGCGCGAGGCCUACGAGCUGCAGGCCCAGGAGCGGCAGAGUGCGAUUGACCGCCUGGAGGAUGAGAAGGCUGCCCUCACCUUGGCCAUGGCCGACCACCUGCGGGACUAUCAGGAGCUGGUGCAGGUGAAGACGAGCCUCAGCCUGGAGGUGGCAACCUAUCGAGCCUUAUUGGAAGGAGAAAGUAAUCCAGAGAUACGGAUCCUGGCUGAGCGCAUGGAACACCUGCCGCGAGAGCUCAGAACCACGGCCUACCAGCACACGCACGCGGCGUUACAGAGGGAAAUGAGGGAAAACGAGAGAAACCUGUUUCUGAGGCACAAGCCGCCCCCCGGGAGUGUCCGUCGCAGCUGGACCCGGCCCGCGCCCCGCACAGCCACGGGGCCCGCCGCCAGGGGACGCCUCUCGGGCCCGGGAUCUCCUGUCCUGCCCGCCGCCCGGCGGGAGACCGCCUACGAGAAAACCGCCAACGGUCAGGCCCGUUUCAGGACUCUCUCUCCCAUGUCCGGGCUUUCGAGGAAAGCCGAGGUGCCCGCGCAGACAUUCCCUGGGAGGCCGAGAACCGAGGGUCCCAAGGCGCGUCUGGCCAGAGAGGCCAGCCCCGCCCGCGAGGCCCACCGCGACCGCAGCGACCGAGUGGCGGUGGGUGCCGCCGAGAGCGCCUGGUCCGGGGAGAGGAUCGUCGUUUUGGGAAAGAAAACGGAAGCUCCGGCCGCGAGGGAGCGGGAGAGAAGCCGGCCGGUGACCAUCCACGUGAAGCGAGAAGAGAAGAUGUUUGACUCGAAGGAGAAGGCCUCGGAGGAGAGGAACCUGCGAUGGGAGGAGCUGACCAAGCUGGAUAAAGAAGCGAGGAAGAGGGAGAGCGAGCUCAUGAGGGACAAGGCGAAAGGGAGGGAGCCCCCCCAAGAGACCGGUGUGCGGGCGAGAGAGAUACCGAUCCGCCUGGAAGUGUCCCGGGACAGCCGGGCAGAGGAGGGGGCCGCCCGAGGCGCCCGGACGCCCCCACAAAAGGAUGCAGGUGGUGGUCCGGGGGGAGGGAUGGACACGAGGAGAGAGACGAGGUUCGGGCUGGACGCCAGGGAGGCCGCGGGCUCGCCGAGCGGCGACGCCGCGACGGAAACCAUCGCGGAGAGCAUCGUGUCCAGCGUGCUGAAGCGGUUCACCCAGUCGCCCGAGACCGAGGCCUUUCCGGACACGAAGGUCACGUACGUGGGCCGGAGGGAGCUGCCCGGGGACAAGGGAACCAAGACGGAGAUCGUGGUGGAGUCGAGACGGACGGAGGAGAUGGACGUGCGGGACGGAGCCGGCCUGGACUCCCUUCUGGGCCAGGGCGGGAAGGCCGAGGUGGAGCUGAAGGCCAAGUCCACGGAGCGGAUGAUCGGGGACCUCAUCAGUCUCGGUCUGAAGGGGAGGGAGGGCAGGGCCAAGGUGGUCAACGUGGAGAUCGUGGAAGAGCCCGUGAGCUACAUGGCGGGCGGGAGGACGGAGGAGUUUUCCACCCCCUUCCGAGUGGAGGAGGCGGACGACGCGUCCCCGGGGUUCGGGGAGGAGAAGGAGGUCGCGUUCUCAGCGGCCCGACGUCAGGAAUCCACGCUGCCCCCGGGGAACGCCACACGGGUGGAAGAAGUGACGGAGGCAGGUGACUUGGAGGAGGAGCAGAGGUACUUCGUGUCCACCCCGGAGGAGGCCCCCGAGGGGCGUGACUUCGGGCAGGACGGGGACGAGGGCUCGGUGUACGGGCAGAUCCACAUCGAAGAGGAGUCCACCAUCCGGUACUCCUGGCAGGACGAGAUCGUGCCGGCGUCCCGGAGGACGGUCUCCCGGGGAGAGACGGCGGGGAAGUCCCCGGGGGCCCCGGCGUCGUCUCCGGAGGCGGAGGUGGGCUCCCCGCACUGGAUCGAGGAGACGACCAGCGGCGAGUUUCGCGCCGAAGCCACGGUCAUCGACAAGGAGAUUAAAAUCCCGCACCAGUUCCACACGUCCAUCAAAAGAGACUUCAGGGAGCCCAGGCACCAGCUGGUGGAGGUGAUGGAGCAGUUGGAGGAGAGCCUCCCGGAGCGGGUGAGGGAGGAGCUGUCUGCCCUCACCACCCAGGACCAGGGCGGGCUGGGCGGCCGCCUCUCGGUGGACGUGAGGAAAGUCCAGCCCUCAGGCGGCGGGGCCAUGACCCUGGUGGCCGAAGUCAACCUCUCCCAGACCGUGGACACCGACCAGCUAGACCUGGAGGAGCUGAGCAGAGACGACGCGGGUGAGAUAGAGCGAGCCGUGGAGGCCGUGGUGCGAGGCAGCCUGGCCCAGCGACGCAGCCCGGGACCCGGGAGCCCAGACGGGGACGCUGGAGCGUCGCCACCGGCGACCGGCUUGGGCUUCAAGCGCUGGGCCACCCAGGAGCUGUACAGCGCCUCCGCCGAGGACGAUGACGCCGGCUGGGCCUCUCGCAGCUCGGAGACGGUCACCGCCAUGCAGGGGCCGGUGUCGGCCACCGUGGAGGUCAUCAGCCCGCGGGGCUUUGCCCGCUCGCAUGUGCUGGAGGACGUCAGCUCGUCUGUGAGACACAUUAAGAUCGGCCCCUCUGGAGUUUGGAGGACCGAGCAGGUCCCCCCCGAAGGACCGGCUGCAGGACAGAUGGACGCGAGUCCCACGGAGGCGGCCCCCCGCCGGGCCCGAGAGGCCACGGUCCUCUUCGCCACAGGGACGGAAGGGGAUGCUCACAGCAGUACCUGGAGGGAGGCCGGCCGUGAGGAGGACCAGGCCGCCCGCGUGGCCUCCCGGGAGCAGGCUGUGUUCGACAGGACGGUGCAGCUGCAGAGGAUGGUGGACCAGAGGUCGGUGGUCUCGGACGAGAAGAAAGUGGCCGUCCUCUAUCUAGACAGCCAGGGGGACGAGGAUGACGGACACUGGUUUUGAUGAAGUCUUUGUGUUCGAGGGUAUUUGGUUUCGUAAUGUACCAACCUGCAGAGGCCUUGGCUCAUUGUCAGCGGGUAUGUGUGUGUGUGUGUGUGUGUGUGUGUGUGAAGUUCCCACUCUUUACUAAACCCUCCCCCAUCUUUUUAAUUUCUCCAAAGAGGGCGCCAGGUAAUGUCAACUUCCUUUGCAGCCUGGAAAGGUGUCGAAUGAAUGAAUGUGUGUGUUAAAAGGCGCUGGAGUUUUAUCUGAGUUGGGGCUUUUCAAAAAUACCGUUGAUCUUUGUGGUCUUAAAAGUUUUUUUUUGUUUU